AUGGCGGACAACGGACCUGCUUCGAACCCGGCGCAGCUGCCCCCUCCCCCCCAGCCGAACGCCGGGGCUCCAGGUUACGAGAAUGGCCAGAAUGGCCAGUCGAACCCGGCGCACAUGCCACCCCCUCCUCUCCAUAUCCCGCAGAACACCAACCCGAUCCCGACUGCCAUCACUUCGCCCAUGUCUGGCGUUGAUAAGGUUAUGUCGCCCGGCAGCGCUGGUGGCUUUGGUCGCCGCGCCGCCCCCGAGCCUAAUAAGCGGGCGUUGUACGUUGGAGGCUUGGAUCAGCGUGUCACCGAGGAUGUCCUCCGCCAGAUCUUUGAGACGACUGGUCACGUCCAAAAUGUCAAGAUCAUUCCCGACAAGAAUGCGAAGGGCUACAACUACGGGUUCGUCGAAUAUGAUGACCCCGGUGCGGCUGAACGCGCCAUGCAGACCUUGAAUGGAAGACGUGUGCACCAAUCCGAAAUUCGUGUCAACUGGGCGUAUCAGUCCAACACCUCCAGCAAGGAGGACACCUCGAAUCACUUCCACAUCUUUGUUGGCGAUCUUAGCAACGAAGUCAACGACGAGAUCUUGACCCAGGCUUUCUCUGCCUUUGGCUCCGUGUCGGAAGCUCGCGUCAUGUGGGACAUGAAGACAGGGCGCUCCCGCGGAUACGGCUUUGUUGCGUUCAGAGACCGACCGGACGCCGAAAAGGCCCUGAGCUCCAUGGACGGAGAGUGGCUUGGCUCGCGGGCCAUCCGUUGCAACUGGGCAAACCAAAAGGGCCAGCCGUCUAUCGCGCAGCAGCAGGCUAUGCAGGCUAUGGGCCUGACGCCUACGACGCCCUUCGGCCACCACCAGUUUCCAGCCCACGGCGUGGCGAGCUAUGAAGUUGUCCUCGCGCAAACGCCCUCAUGGCAAACCACCUGCUAUGUGGGCAACUUAACUCCUUACACCACGCCAAACGACGUUGUUCCUCUCUUCCAAAACUUUGGCUACGUUGUCGAGUCUCGUUUCCAGGCGGACCGGGGAUUUGCUUUCAUCAAGAUGGACAGUCACGAGAGUGCAGCCAUGGCCAUUUGCCAGAUGAACGGAUAUAAUGUUAAUGGACGGCCCCUGAAAUGCAGCUGGGGCAAGGACAAGACCCCGAACCCUCAGGGCGGCGCGGCCGGCUUUGACCCUUCGCAACAAGCAUACAGCCCCCAGAGUGCCUCCGGACCGGGCUACCCCGGCACCCCGACGGCCUACUUCCCGCAAUAUGGUGGUAAGAGCCCGACCGCCGCUUGGGCCUUUGCACAGGACCCCUCGGAGCUAACGCGAUAUUGUACAGGUCAAUACGGCGGUCAGCACGGCAACUACGGCGGCCCAGCUGCUCAAUCCCCGGCCGGUUAUGGAGCGCAGCCCAUGGGGUACGGCGGACCGCAGAGCGCCGGAGGCUAUGGCCGUGGCCAACAGCCACCUAACGCCCAGUGGCCUCAGGGGCCCCAGGGACAGAACUUCAACAACGGGUUCGCCGGGUACCAGGGCUGA